AUCCUAAGUAAAUCUGUAAAUUCUUUGCGAUAUAUAGUACAAAUUAAAAGUGCAUACAUAUUAUCUUGCAAGAACAUGACCAAGUACGAUCCCGAGUUGGACUUUCCCGAGGCGUAUAAGAUGUGCAAACCCUUCAUGCUAACUGACGAUAAUUUGACAUCCAUACGGAAUUCAAUGACGCAGGAAGUAAUCGCCGGCUUGGGGCGGGAUUCGCAUUCACGCUCCUCGAUACCCUGCCUGCUCAGCUAUGUGCAGCAUUUGCCAACGGGACGGGAGCGGGGACGUUUCCUUGCCCUGGAAAUGUGGCCGACAAACUGCCGGAUUAUGCUGGUGAAAUUCAGCAGUGAGAAGGACAUUUACAUGAGCUCCAAGUGUGUGAUUGUGCCACAUACGAUAACGGGAUCGCGUGGCACAGUGCUUUUCAAUUUUCUGGCCGAUAACAUUGCGAUAUUCGUGAAGGAGAAGAAGGUGGAAAAGGAAAAUCUGCCCAUGGGCGUGGCCUUUUCCUUUGCACUGAACAAAUUGGCCCUGGAUGUGGGCAUUCUCAUCGCCUGGACGAAGGGAUACGGCUGUCUUGGUGCUCUGGGCAAAGAUGUUGUGCAACUGCUGCGAAAUGCGCUCUCCGAGCACUCGGACAUUGCCGUCGACCUGGUGGCCAUCGUCAACAUUUCAGCUGGUUCUCUAAUGGGCUUGUCAUGGUCGCAGACCAACUGUAGAAUGGGACUGACUGUGGGCACCGGCACAAAUGCCGCUUAUGUGGAGCAGACCGAUGAGUGUCAACUGUUCGAGGGUGACGAUGACUUACCGCUGAUGAUCAUCAAUUCGGAGUGGGGCAACUUUGGCAACAAUGGCCACCUCGACUUCAUACGCACCGAGUUCGACAAGAUUGCCGACUCGCAAUCAAGCAAUCCCGGCUUGAAGUACUAUGAUAAGUGCAUCAGCACCCUGUAUCUGGGCGAACUGGUGCGCCUCAUCGUUGUGCGGCUCAUGAAAAUGGGCGUCAUUUUCAAGGAGCACAAUCUGGACUACAUGGGCAUUCAGUGGAAAAUGGAAAUGAAAUCACUUAUGGCCCUCGAUUCCGAUCCACCCGGCGUCUACGAUCAGGCCCAGCUGGUGAUGGACAAGUUUCGCAUGCGCCACUGUGAGCAACGAGAUCUGGCCAUGCUGCGUUUCAUCACCCAAUGUGUGACAGAUCGCUCCGCCAAGCUGGUCGCCGCUGGCGUCGCCUGUCUGCUGAAUCGCAUGGCCUUCGCCCACAUCUCAAUCGCUGUAGACGGUGGCAUUUAUCGGCUGUAUCCCAGAUACCAGCUGGUCCUCAACAAGUACACCAACCUGCUGACCAAUCCGAUGCACAAGUUUGACUUCGUCAUUGCCCAGGAUAGUCCGGGUGUCGGCGCUGCCAUUGUAGCCGGUCUGGCAAGGAAUUUGAACAAGUUCAGCGUGGCUUAUGGCUAGACGCUAAAUUCAAUUUGUAUUUGAUUUUAUAUAUUUAAUUAAUACAAAGACAUGUGGUGAAAAAUAGCUAUUAAAUUAUAGUUAGUCAAAGAUGUCUUUA